AUGCUAUAUUUCUUAUAAUAAAUCGAUUAAUUUGGUGUUGAGUAAAAACUUUAAAUUCCACCAAUCAACCCUACAUAAAAAAGUGUUUUUGGUGGAUUAAUAACCCUUGUUUUAUAUGGAAUAAGUUUAGGAUAUUUUCUAUUUGAAUUAAUUGAUUGGCAAUCAAAUAAUAAACUUCCAAAGAUUACUUCUAUAUAAUAAUAAAUUGAUGCUAACUAAACUCUUAUCUAAACUGGAGCACUUAUUGAAAUUAGCUAUUUCUAAAAACUUGAUAAUUUGAUUGAUCCUUUUAAUCCAAAAUAACUUAUAUUUAUGCCAAUUUUUCAAGCAAUACCUAAUAAUUGGAAUUAAGUAAAAAUAUUAAAAAUAAUUUAUAGAUUUAUAACAUAUCUCUUCAUUUUGAGUAAAAAAAGUAAGAAAAUGGAAAAAUUAUAAAUAAAUUUUAUAUUGAAAAUAUAACUUUGAUAAGAUCACCUUUAACAUCUUCCUAAAUAAGCUCUAUGGACUAUUAAUUAUUACUUGGAUUUUGCAAAGUGGAUUAAUUAACUGAUGGAUAAUAAUGUGCUGAUUAAGAAACGAUAAAUCAAUUUUAUUUGUAAGCCAACAACUUUUUUCAAGUUUAAAUAUAUAUUGAAUAAUUUGACUCAAAAACAAAGCAAUUUAAAAAAGUUCCAAAAAUUUUUGUUUUUGAUAUGAUAGAGGGUCAGCUUUUUUAAAGUGAAUUUACACUGUAAGUAGGAGAAUUGGAAUUAGAUGAUGGGUUUUUAUUAUCAAAAUCAAAUAAAUAUUCAUAUUUAUCUAAUAUAUUUACUGUAAGUUCAACACAUGACUGGUCAUAUUCAAGAAAAGUAUUUGGUGAAGUAAUUAUUUUCAAUUUUAUAUUUUAAUUUAGAUUAAAUAAAAAUAGUAAAUAUGGUUGAAUAUCCAAAAAUAUCAGAAAUAUUAGCAGAUACAGGUUCAAUAAUAUCUUGGAUACUUUCAAUAUCAUUUAUUGUAUCAAAAUAUAAUGAAAAUAUUUGUUUAUAAAAAACAUAAAAAGAAGUUAUUUAAAUGUAUUAUAAUGAUUUUAUUGAUUUUAAAAUAAAAAAGAAUUUGUUAGGAAAAAUAAAAAGUGUAAAUUAUAAAGAAAAAGAAUAUGAUCCUUAAAAAUCAGAAGAAAUAUUAUAAAAAUUAGAUUAAAUUGUUAUUGAAAAAAUGAAUUAUUUAAAUUUAUAAAAUGAAGUAGCUAAGUAAAUAUUUUUUAUUAAAUUUAAUUUAGAUUAUAAUAAAUUUUAUAAGAACAUUUAGGAUUAGAAAAAAUUAAAAAAUAUUUAGAAUCUAAAUCUAAAUUAGAACUUCUUUUUGAUAAAUUAGGUGUACCUGA